AUGGCACAGUUCCCCACUACGUUCACAGGUCCAGAUGUGUAUCUGAUCUCAGUGGAUGAGAGAGCCAAACAUGAUCAGCAGUUCCACAGCCUCUCUCCCAAUGCUGGAGGUUUUAUCACAGGUGAUCAGGCUAGAAAUUUUUUUCUCCAGUCAGGACUCCCUCCUCCCGUUCUUGCCCAAAUCUGGGCUCUAGCCGACAUGAACAGUGAUGGCCGAAUGGAUAUUCACGAGUUUUCAAUUGCUAUGAAACUCAUCAAGCUAAAACUCCAAGGUCAUCCCCUGCCCCCCACACUUCCUCCAAGUAUGAAACAACCCUCUCUGUCGUUACCUCCACCGCCUGCCUUUGGUUUGCCCCCCAUAGCGUCAAUACCUGCUCCUCUACCUGUUGUCCCCCCUCUUCCUCUGCCUCCCCUUCCUGUGGGAGUGUCGCCCCCUCUUGUCUCAACUUCUCAACCUUCGUUAACCCAACCUAUUGCCAACGGUGCCCCUCCCUCAGCCAUCAUGCAGCCCAUCGCUGGUUUCCCCCAUGCACCACCCUCUGUCAACAAGUCUUCUUCCUUCAAUCGGUCAAGUACCAAAUUACAAAAAGGGCCAUCAUUUGACACUACUAGCAGUCAGGUCCAUGCCGUUCCUCCAGACUGGGCCGUCCCUCAGUCGUCAAGGCUUAAGUAUCGACAACUUUUUAAUUCACACGACAAGAUGAUGAGCGGCCAUCUCACAGGACCUCAAGCACGUACAAUUCUCAUGCAGUCCAGUCUUCCUCAAGGACAACUUGCCACAAUAUGGAGUUUGUCAGACAUAGACCAGGAUGGGAAACUAACUGCUGAGGAGUUCAUUUUGGCCAUGCACCUCAUUGAUAUGGCCAUGUCCGGUGUCCCGCUCCCUCCUGUGUUGCCUCCAGAAUACCUUCCCCCGACCUUUCGGCGUGUACGUAGUGACAGUGUGCAAUCUGACCAUAAGACUGUCCAAGAAGAAGUUGAAGAAGAGAUUGAGACCAAUCAAGACAAGAAACUACCAGUUACAUUUGAAGACAAGAAACGAGAGAAUUUUGAGCGAGGGAAUCUGGAGUUGGAGAAGCGGCGGCAGGCUCUCCAGGAGCAGCAGCGGAAAGAGCAGGAACGACUGGCUGCUCUGGAAAGGGAGGAGCUGGAGCGAAAGGAGCGUGAGCGGCUGGAGCAGGAGCGAAGGAGGCAGCAGGAGCUUGAAAAGCAGCUGGAGAAACAGAGGGAGAUCGAGAGGCAGCGAGAAGAAGAGAGGCGCAAAGAGAUAGAAAGGAGAGAGGCUGCCAAAAGGGAGUUGGAGCGUCAACGUCAGUUGGAAUGGGAGCGACAACGACGCCAGGAGCUUUUAAUUCAAAGAAACCGAGAGCAAGAAAGUAUUGUUCUGCUCAAAGCGAGGAAGAAGACUUUGGAGUUUGAGCUCGAAGCCCUGAAUGACAAAAAAACACAGCUUGAAGGAAAACUGAAGGAUGUUCGUUUUCGACUGUCGGCUCAACGAAGAGAGGUGGAGCAGACCAAUCAAUCAAGGGAGACACGCAUUGCAGAGAUUACCUCCUUACAGCAGCAGCUUCAGGACUCUCAGCAGUGGCUGGGACGACUCAUACCGGACAAACAGACCCUGAAUGAGCAGCUGAAGCAAGUCCAGCAGAACAGCCUGCAGCGGGACAGUCUUUCAUCACUACACAAAACAUUGGAACAGAAGGAAAUCCGCCGUCAGCAGCUCAGAGAGCAGCUGGAUGCAGUGGAGAGAGAAACCAGGGCUAAACUUCUGGAGAUUGAUGCGUUUAACACUCAACUCAAGUUUCUCUGUGAGUUCUAUGCCAACCACUGUGCCAGGAUAGAAGCCCUACGUCGGCAGCUUGGGGACGAGCAGAAAGGCAGACAGUCUGACCUUGAUGUAAUAUCUCCCCACGAAAGUUUCGGAUCAUCUUUUGGUGACUGUGAGCUGAGGGAAAUCCAUAGCCGACAACAGAAGCUGAAGCAAAAGGAAGCGGAGGGAGAUUCCCAGCUUGUUGCUCACAAUCUCUCUCAUAUUCCUUCAGAGAGAAAUUCCUCAGAGGUUCAGAAUACUAGGUUGUCAUCCGAUGAAAGCUCUUCUUGGAGAGACGACAUGGCAGCAAAGGCUCCCAGUCCUGUCUUAGGUUCAGGACCACAUGGUUGGCUUAAUAGAAUUACUCAAGAAGACGAAGAUCGUAAAAGAAGAGUAAUUGAGGAGGAAGUGGAAGGAAGGAAUGACGCCAAGGACGAUAAUGAGGAUGCAGCCAGAGACAAAGACAUGCAGGAAAAGCUCAACAAAUUGUUCAGCCAAUCUGCAGACCCCUGGACGUCAGCAGGGGAUAAGACGCCUGGGCCCAGUCUCUUUGACCAGAAGCCUCCAGUGAGUGGAUUCGAACAUCAGAGUGUGAAGGUGGUCUACUACAGAGCUCUGUAUCCCUUUGAGGCUCGCAGUCAUGAUGAAAUCACUAUCACACCAGGAGAUGUCAUCAUGGUGGAUGAGUCUCAGACCGGUGAGCCUGGUUGGUUGGGAGGAGAACUACGAGGCCGCACUGGUUGGUUUCCGGCCAAUUAUGCGGAGCGGAUACCUGCCAGUGAAGCACCUGUUAGUUUGCGUGGGGUUGCGACAUCCACACCUUCUGCACAACAGCCCAAUACUACUCCUCCCCCAGCUCCUGGACCGCCUACUUCUGCACCUUCUUCAAACAGCAAUUGGGCUGACUUUAGUACAACGUGGCCCUCAAAUGCAGGAAGUCAGGCAGAAAGCGAGGGGUGGGAUGCUUGGCCCUCCUCCACCCCACAAAACCCUUCACUCAGUGUCCCCUCUGCUCAGUUACGCCAGCGCUCUGCCUUCACACCAGCGACUAUGACCACAGGCUCUUCCCCUUCUCCUGUACUCGGACAGGGAGAGAAAGUGGAGGGUCUUCAAGCUCAGGCCUUGUACCCUUGGAGAGCCAAGAAAGACAACCAUUUGAACUUCAACAAAAAUGAGACAAUUACUGUGUUGGAACAACAAGAUAUGUGGUGGUUAGGGGAGCUGCAGUCUGGUCAAAGAGGCUGGUUUCCAAAAAGUUACGUCAAACUCAUCUCCACAAGUAUGCCACCAUCAGCUGCUGUCAUGCCACGCAAUAAAAACUCGAGUGACUCUGGACCAACAGAGAGCCCUCCAAAUGGGAAACGGCCUUCCCCCUCUCCAACCAAACCAGAAGCCGGUGAAGAGUACAUUGCCAUGUACACGUAUGAAAGCAGUGAACAGGGGGACCUGAGCUUUCAACAAGGAGAUGUUGUUAUAGUGACCCGUAAGGAAGGAGAUUGGUGGACAGGUGUUGUUAAUGGAAAAACUGGAGUUUUCCCAUCCAAUUAUGUGAAACCACGAGACUCUUCCUCUGAGUCGUUGUCGCUAUCUGGGAAGACUGGGAGCCUUGGAAAAAAACCAGAGAUUGCUCAGGUCAUUGCGCCUUAUACAGCUACUGGAGCAGAACAGUUGACAUUGGCUCCUGGACAACUCAUCCUUAUCAGGAAAAAGAAUCCUGGAGGCUGGUGGGAGGGCGAGUUACAGGCAAGGGGGAAGAAGCGUCAGAUAGGUUGGUUUCCAGCAAACUAUGUAAAGCUGCUAAGUCCUAGUACCAGCAAGACGACUCCAACAGAGCCCACGCCGCCCAAAGUGAUGGCUUCCAACUCAGCUUUGUGUCAGGUGAUCGGCAUGUAUGACUACGUGGCUCAGAAUGAUGAUGAGCUGGCCUUUCAGAAGGGUCAAGUGAUCACAGUCAUUAAUAAAGAUGACAGUGAUUGGUGGAAAGGAGAGCUGAACGGCAGAGAGGGCCUGUUUCCCAGCAACUAUGUAAAGCUCACCACCGACACGGAUCCCAGCACUCAGUGGUGUGCCGACCUCCACCUUCUGGACAUGCUCAGUCCAAUGGAGAGGAAGCGUCAGGGCUACAUCCAUGAACUCAUUGUAACAGAAGAAAAUUAUGUCAAUGACCUGCAGCUUGUCACUGAGAUCUUUCACAAGCCCCUGUUGGAAUGUGAACUGCUCACUGAGAAAGAAGUAGCCAUGAUCUUCGUCAACUGGAAGGAACUCAUCAUGUGCAAUAUUAAACUGUUAAAAGCUUUGCGGGUGAGGAAGAAGAUGUCGGGCGAUCGGAUGCCAGUGAAGAUGAUUGGCGACAUCUUGACCAAUCAGUUGCCUCACAUGCAACCCUACAUAAGAUUCUGUUCAUGUCAACUGAAUGGAGCCACGUUAAUCCAGCAGAAAACUGACGACAAUCCUGAAAUAAAGGACUUUCUCAAGCGAUUAGCCAUGGAUCCCCGAUGUAAAGGAAUGCCUCUCUCCAGCUUCCUGCUCAAACCCAUGCAGAGGGUCACUCGAUACCCCUUGAUUAUCAAAAAUAUUAUAGAAAACACUCCCGAGUCGCAUCCUGACCACAGCCAUUUGAAAGCUGCAUUGGAGAAGGCAGAAGAACUAUGCUCACAGGUGAAUGAAGGCGUGAGGGAAAAGGAAAACUCUGAUCGUCUUGAAUGGAUUCAGGCUCAUGUUCAAUGUGAAGGUCUCUCAGAGCAACUUGUGUUUAACUCCGUCACCAACUGUCUGGGACCAAGGAAGUUUCUCCACAGCGGAAAACUGUUCAAAGCUAAAAGCAGCAAAGAGCUCUACGGCUUUCUGUUCAACGACUUUCUACUGCUGACCCAGGUGACUAAACCUCUGGGCUUCUCUGGAUCGGACAAAGUAUUUUCCUCCAAGACUCACCUCCAGUAUCGCAUGUACAAGACGCCCAUCUUCCUUAAUGAAGUGUUAGUGAAGUUGCCCACAGACCCCUCGGGAGACGAACCACUCUUUCACAUCUCUCACAUUGACCGGGUCUAUACACUCCGAGCAGAAAGCAUUAAUGAAAGGACAGCCUGGGUUCAAAAAAUUAAGGCGGCGUCAGAGCUUUUCAUUGAAACGGAGAAAAAGAAGAGAGAAAAGGCAUAUCUAGUGAGGUCUCAGAGAGCUACAGGGAUCGGCCGACUCAUGGUCAACAUCGUGGAAGGAAUUGAACUGAAACCUUGUCGUUCACAUGGGAAAAGCAACCCGUACUGUGAAGUGACCAUGGGUUCCCAGUGCCAUAUCACAAAGACAUUACAGGACACGCUAAAUCCCAAAUGGAACUCCAACUGUCAGUUUUUCAUCAAAGACCUGGAACAAGACGUCCUCUGCAUCACUGUGUUUGAACGGGAUCAGUUCUCUCCUGACGAUUUUCUGGGAAGAACAGAGAUUCGAUUGGCUGAAAUAAAAAAGGACCAGGGCUCAAAGGGACCAAUCACAAAGCGUCUCCUGCUGCACGAGGUCCCUACUGGGGAGAUAGUGGCUUCACCUGUUCCCACACACUUCAUCUACAGCCCUCAGUACAUGCUCCUGACCAGAGGCAUAAGGCCAAGAGCAGACAGCAAUCACCGGAGGACGGCCAGCAGCACCACGGUCCGAGAGACCAUGUCUGUGAUGGGCCUGAACUUUAACAGACUCUUGUGGCCGCCUUGCUACGAAUAUGCUCAUGGUUCUUAA